AUGCAGAAGAUCAGUCAGGUGAGAGCUCAGCUUGAAGGAGCAGAGGAGCCCGAUACCAAAGCGUGCACAUUCAAUUCUUUUUCUGUGAAGAGUGAAGAAGAGGAUGGAGAGAAACCUCAAUCCUCUCAGUUUGAUGACCACCAAAGUGAAGAGAAGAGAGAGACAGAAGAAGAGGACUGUAGAGGAUCAGAAGCAGACAGAGACUUUAAUCCAGAGUCUCAUUUACAGCCAGUUACUCCUGACAAGACCUCACAGCUUUCUGGAUCUGAGACUGAUGACAAUGCUGAUUGGGGGGAUAGUAAUGGACCUCAGGAAGGUUUAAUCCAUCUACAAGACAAUGACACAGCUGUAAGUGAUAACAAUUCUAACAGUGGAAGUGCAUCAGUUACCUCCUCUAAAUGUGCUCACAACUUUGGACAGAAGAAAAAAGGGCAGAAAAACAAAAAAAAUAACACAGAAGAGAAACCAUUUAGUUCCUCAUUUUGUAAAAGAAAGUGUCUAACAAAACAGCACAUCAGAGUCCACGCAGGGGAGAAACCAUUUAGCUGUUCAGUUUGUGGUAAAAGAUUUUCACAACAAUGCCAUCUGAAGAGACACUCAAGUGUCCACACAGGGGAGAAACCAUUUAGCUGUUCAGUUUGUGGUAAAAGAUUUUCACAACAAGGCGAUCUGAAGUCACACUCAAGUGUCCACACAGGGGAGAAACCAUUUAGCUGUUCAGUUUGUGGCAAAAGAUUUUCACAACAAGGCGAUCUAAAGACUCACUCAAAUGGCUACACAGGGGAGAAACCAUUUAGCUGUUCAGUCUGUGGCAAAGGAUUUUCUCACCUAGGAAAUAUGAAGAACCACUUGAGUAUCCACACUGGGGAGAAACCAUUUAGCUGUUCAGUCUGUGGUAAAGGAUUUUCUAAACAAGGAAAUCUAAAGAGACACUUGAGUGUCCACACAGGGGAGAAGUAACAUAGUGGUUCCUUUUAGUUAAAAUGUUUGUGAUCGAAGUGUCACAUAUCUAGUGCAUUUCAAAAAUCACAAGUGUGUUGCCAUGAGCAGUGGAAAUCCAGAAUAAGAUGUUAUUUCAUCUUUGUAGCUAAGAAGAAGCAUCUCAGUGAUUGAAAUUUUGCUUUUAUUCCUGUAUUUUAUUUGUGUUUCCACUUCUUAGCUCUGUUAAAUGUUAAGUGUUGAGUUCAUUGAGGAUUAAUGUUGGAUCUUGGUCACUAUUAUAACAAAGACUUCUGCUCUAAUGUUUCUUGGAAUAAUAUUUGUUAUAAAAUGGAGCUGUGCAAAGACGUAUUUGUUUGUAUUUGCUUUUUUUAGGUACUGAAAUAGUCUUU